GCAAAAAGCCGAGCAGCAAAGCAAAGAUAUAGGUUAUGUUUAUACUCUCCUAACAUGAAAAUGUUUCUAUUGCUUUUCAUUUAUCCAAUCUUAAAAAACUUUUAAAUUUAAACUUUUAUAAAUCUUAAUACUCCGAGUAUGAAUAGAAUCUUAUCAUGUAUGCAGUUUUGAGUUUUGUUAACCUGAAUUUAAGAAACUGAAGUGAAUGUACAAAAUUCCUCAACAUCAGUAACCUGCAGUUUCUAUAAUGUCUUUUAUUUUAAGCAUUUUGUUUUUAUUGGUCUGUUCAACAUCAGUUUUUCUCCAAUCUUCUCAAGUUGAGGCUCGACAUACAAAUAAUUGGGCAGUUCUUGUUGAUACCUCAAGAUUUUGGUUCAACUAUAGACAUGUGGCAAAUGUCCUUUCAAUUUAUAGGAGUGUCAAGCGGUUGGGAAUACCAGAUAGUCAAAUAAUAUUGAUGGUUGCUGAUGAUAUGGCUUGUAACCCACGAAAUCCAAGGCCUGCCACUGUAUUCAAUAAUGCCAACCAGCAUAUCAAUGUUUAUGGAGAUGACGUAGAAGUCGAUUACAGGGGCUAUGAGGUGACAGUUGAAAACUUUGUCCGUCUGCUAACCGGGCGAUUGCCCGCCGACACGCCGCGGUCGAAACAGCUGCUCACUGACGAGGGAAGCAACGUCCUAGUCUACCUCACUGGCCACGGCGGGGAUGGCUUUCUCAAGUUCCAGGACUCCGAAGAGGUCACCAGUCAGGAGUUGGCCGAUGCUCUCGAACAGAUGUGGCAGAAAAGGAGAUACCAUGAGAUUUUCUUCAUGAUCGAUACCUGUCAAGCAGCAUCUAUGUAUGAAAAGUUCUACUCGCCGAAUAUUCUUGCUGUAGCAAGUAGUCUGGUUGGCGAAGAUUCUCUUUCUCAUCAUGUGGACCCAGCGAUUGGCGUUUACAUAAUUGAUCGCUAUACAUACUAUGCGUUGGCCUUCUUGGAAACUGUACAGCCAGAUAGCAUGAAAUCUAUGGCAGAAUUCCUGGCUGUUUGUCCGAAGAGAGUGUGUAUUUCUACAGUGGGUGUGCGCCAAGACCUGUUCGCUCGCAAUCCGCACAGUGUGCCAAUCACCGACUUCUUCGGAGCUCUACGUCCGGUUCAGCUCACUUUCAGCUCUUUGGUUCUGCCCGAAAACCAGUGCUUCGAUUGUGAAAAGAUCAAUAUCACUUCAUCUGUCAAAUCAUCACCGAUUGCGAAAAAAGCGAGGAAAAUAGGCUAUGUAAAUCAGUUUCCUGUCCUCAUUGAGAACCUAAAGUGAACUAACUUUUUUAUGAAGGCUACCCGUGCUGUUUGACGAUUUCUUCGAAAACUGGAUUGGAUGUGAUGUGAUUUCUUCACGACUCUUCUCUCACUGUACGUUUUCAUGAGACCCUAUUUCAUCAUACUGGAUCAUUUCUACUGCUUUCAAAAACUUUUCCAUUUAGCUAAACAUAAUUACAUUUGUAUUUACUAGUCGAUAAGUGUUUUUUCUUUGUACUCGUGUCUCAAAAUAAAUACCAAUAGAUCUAGAAAUACAUACAAAUUACUGUAGAAUAUUAUCGUUAAGUUGAAAAAUGUGUAACUAAAUAAAGUUUUCCACGUAUUAUUAUA